CUGCUAAUCCACUCCAAUUUAUUAAAGUGGGACCAGCUAGCUUGUAUAAAUCAGCUCAAGAACAACUCAAGAAAGUGGAGGAAAUUAAGAAGGUGACAAAAGAAGUUCGGGAUGAAGCAGAAGACUGGCAGUCUAAUUUAGAUAACUGGAAGAGCAGUCGUCGGAAGCGACAGGAACACAUUAUUGAGCGAGUAGUAGAAGUAAAGAAGUUUGAAAUGGAGGAAUAUGACCGAAAUCGAAGACGAAGCAAAACAUUCAGUGAGAUGAUGGAGGAACGGAAUUCCCGUGGACGAAAAUCAAGCCUGGUGUUGUACAAAGAUGAUGAUGCGAAUGACCUUAGUGAUUUGGGUAUUGGUGCAAGUGACAAAAGCCUUAUCAGUGAAGAUUAUGAGCAUAAUGAAAAAGAAGAAACUGACAGAAAGCUUCAUGUGAAUCAGAAUGGCAAACAGGGUAAGAAUGGUCAUCAUGAUGAUGAUGCUUCUUCAGCAGCAACAGUUUCAUCACCAGAACCUGAAGAAUAUACGUAUGAAAGGGCAAUCCAAGGCUAUGUUAACUUUGCAGAGGCAAGAGUGAAAUCAAGAACAGCUGUGACAAGAACUAAUCUGAACAGCAGCAUAGAACAACUUGAAAAGUCUCACAUUUUGGAGUCUAGCCCAGAGAAGAUGUCUAAUGGACAUCAUACAAAGGGUCUGCCAUCUCCUCCACAUACACCACGAAGACAGUCUGGAGCAAAAAUUGAGGAAAAACUGUCAGCAUUGGAGAAAAGGAGGCACAGUUCUACAGAACUAAACAGUAAUACAGUUAAUGGUAAAAAGAUGCCUAUGGUUAAAGGAGAUGUACUCAAAAGAAGGGAAAUGUUUGAGAGAGCUUGUGAGCUCAGUGAGCAAGUAUCAAAACCAGGUAGAAGACUUUUGGAAGGAAACCAAGACAGUCUGUCACAUUCUACAAACAAGGACAAAGAGAAAGUCAUGCUGAAGUCAUCAGAAAACAUUAAUGGAAAGGAUUCUGCACAACUGAGACACAGGUUUUCAAAUGGUGAUCUCUCUUCCACAUCGUCUGUCCAAAAAAGACUGUCACAGUUAGAGAACAAAGGAGAGAAUGAGCAGAUGUCAGGUAAUCUCUCACAAUCGGUCAAGGAACGACUAUCAAAUCUCGACUCCGCAUACAACAAAGAUGGUCAUAUGAACAGUACGGCUGAGAAAGAUCCCAGUUUACAAGCAAAGCUGACAAAUCUCCACAGUACUGAAGAGAAAGCUUUCAAUGGUAUUGACAGUAUUAAGGAUCCAGGGGUAGGGUCUGUAAGGUCAUCAAGUCCCGAAGAAGAUGUUAUUUAUGAAACUAAGAGACAACAGUUUCAUCGAUCACUUGACAGUUUGGAUGUGGAAGGUUCAACUGACGUUUGCAAUGAUGCCUUUGAGAGGGUCCAGAGCCUUGAGGAUCUAGACUGUUGCAGACAUGCAAGAAAUUAUCCUGCAUCUGCUUCUUCCACUGAAAUGCUAGUUUUCUCUUCUCAGAGUGGUGAUACAGACAGAGAUGACAGUGGCAUUCAUACAGCUGAUGUGUCAUGUUCAGUCAGCCAGGCUGAUGAACCAGUAGAUGAUGGAGAAAUCAUAACCACAAUUAAUAGUGUAGUCCCACACCUUGAAACAAGCAGCAGUGGAGUGGAUAUAUACCAUCUUGAAGUUGAAAUUGUGAAUCAGAAACAUUUGGGAAGCCAAAGAGCCGACCAGAAGUCCCCUGUUUCAGAUCCAUCACAUAAUUUCGCCGCAGAUCCAACAGAAAUGACCACGGCAUUCUUGGAUGUGAAAGGCAACUUGGGGUCACUAGCACCUGUGGUGGCAAAAGUGGGUGUGCAACAAGUACUGGACAGCAAAGGCAAUUCUGUAAGUCCUCAACCUGAUGCCCAAGUAUCAUCACCACCAUCAACUUCAUUAAUGGUGGAAGAAAAUUAUAAUUCAGUUGAUGCUGAAGUCCCACAAUGUUCAGAGCGCGCUGAUGCCAGCAUUACCAGUCUUGAAUGUUGCUCCCUGGUGAUGGAAAUUCCUUUGGGUCAUUCAAACACAAUUAAUGAGUUUUCAUGUGUAGGUAGUGAAAAUACAGCAGAUUUCAGUAACACACUUACAAAUGUAGCAGAACUAGUUAACAAUUCUCUUGACUCAAAAAAUCAGUGUUAUAUACAAAAUGAUAACGCAGCACUAACCUGUCUUCAGACUGUCCUACCUGAGCUAUCAGAGCAAACAUAUGGGGUGGUGGAAACAGACAAUAAUGACUCUUCCAUUCCACUCAUCAAAUCAGAAACUACUGAACAAUUUCCCGAACACCUUCCUGUAGAAGAUGCUUCCACUACAAAUGUGGCCCGCAUGAGAAACGAGGACCCUAUUCCUUUCCAGAAAAAGGUUUUGGUGGCAGAUAAAAGGAAAACAGUGGUGGAGGUGUGUGAGAAGAUAAUCAUUGAUGGCGGUGGUACAAAUGGAGCUGUGAAGUCCCCACCUCCCACCCCCUACAUCGAAGUACCUAACUCCAGGGUUAUACCCUUCCAGGAACCUGAACAAUUUAAACAAGAGAUAAUGCUGCUAAAUUACAUGGCAGGAUGUGAAGAACAUGAUGUUUACAAUGAAAAAUGUGAUGCUCAGCAUAAAUUAGAGGAUGUCAACAUACCGAAUGUGAAUGUAGAAAAUGUAAAACAGGAAGGAAAUUCUGCUUUAAAAAGUUGCAGUAAUGUGAAACAGUUGCCUUCUUCAGAGAGCUUUACUCAAAAUGUGCCUUCUGAUGUGAAGGAAGAGGAGAAAUCAUCUGUCCUGGGCAGUUUACCCAGGAAUUGUGACGAAGAUGUUUUUCUGCCCAUAACUACAAUUCAGAUCCCACCUCUGAACCUCUCAAGUGAUGUUGAGAUUGUGUCAGAACUUGCAUUCCCUCUGGGACCCCCAACAAGCACAGAACCCCCUAAAGAGAAACCUCCACCGCCACCAACAGAACUCAGUGACGAUGAAGUGCCUCCAGUAACAUCCCUAAAACGGCUGGAUUCAACAAAACGUAUCAAAAAGGAGAUGUGGAGGAAACGUUCAGAUUUCCUUGGUAUUGAAGGUGGAAAUGAUGAUAGUUACUUAGAACCAGAGUUAAAAGUGGCUCCACCACCAGACAUGACUACAUUUCUUGUUGAGGAGAGAAGAUCAGAACAACAGCUAUACCGCCAGUCCAUCUGCUCUGAGACAGACUCUAACCAUGGAGAAACAACGGACAGUCGAGAUUCUGGAGUUGAGUUAGAGAGAGCACAUUCAGAUGACUGGCUGGGAAAACUAUCCUUAACACCAGACGUUUUAUCAGCCCAACAUAGCAGACAAAACAGUGAUAUUUAUGGUACUGCUAGCAUAACAUCAGAAGAAGACGAAAUAAUGAAGAAAGAAAGAGAAAUUAUAGAGAUUCUCGAAAAAGAAGAACAGUGGCAGUACAGAAAUAUCAAAACUUCUGAAGAAAAGGAUAUUGGUGAAAAACUCACUGUAAAACUUCAUCAGUUAGAGCAAGAAAAGAUGAGACUUGAAUGGGAGAGAUUAGAAGAAGAAGAAAAGAGGCAGAUGAAAGAAAAUGCUUGUCGUGAAGAAGAUCUACGACUCAGAGCCAAAGAACAGGAGUUGAAGCAACAAGAGGAAGCUCUGCGAGCAGAACGGGAAAGGUUACAGAGAGAAAGUGAAGAACUGCAAAGACAGAAAGAGACAUUACAACUUCGUGAAAGUCAGCAACUUCGACACAAUCUCUCACAGAUGCAGCAACACUGGGGUAGCACAACUGCUUUGCCACAUCAACAGUGGGGUACUGAAACUACUGGUUUACCCCCAACACAUCUGUCCCUGCAAGACAUAUCUAUGGCUCCAACUGGAAAUAUCAACUCAUAUCAUCCUCCAACAUCACCUAUGGCUCAGUCAUCUGCUCCUCUCAACUACAGAUUGUCUCUACCAGACCUACAACAUGAAGAGCAAUUGCAGAGUCAGCAGCUGCUUAUCAGACCAGGUUCCAUGAUGCCUGCACCAACUCGUCGACCGCCACCCCCCAUCCCUCCAGCAAAGCCUCUGCGAGCCGUCAGCCAAGAACAGAAGGAAAGAGAAAACAGUAUCAGGAACAGUCGCAUGCCAUCAGCAGACUCAAUUCCACAGAAUGUGGAUUCAACCAAUGUCCACAACAGUUCUGUACCAGCUCACACAGGAGCCCAACCAAUCAGCAGGCAGACCCUUCAGGCUCUAAGUGCUGUUCCAAGAUCUCGUUUCAUAUCUAAUGAUAUGUGGAUGCAAGCCAAAAAGAAACCUGAGAACCAGCGCAGUGGUGGAAGAGAGUCCACUUACAAUUAUCAACAUUGGCUGAUACAGGAAGCUGAACAUCGUCGUAUAACUGAACAGCAACAGAGGACUGCUGUGUCACCUAGAAAACCCUCUCCCCCUCAUUCACAGCCGCAUACACCAUUGUGGAAUACGCCCCAACCCCAGCCACGACAGGAGAAACCCCUACCAGAUGCCAUCAUCCAGACACUGACACAAAGAGUUCAGAACAGAGUUGGAAUGCUUGACAAUAAAAGCUCUGUCUCUGGCAGAAGAAGGCUUGAAGACACUUCAAGCAGAGAAUCACAGUCCCAGGCUCCAGCUGCUGGACACAUGCCAAAUAAUGGUUCAACUCCAAGUAGCAACUCUGCAGUUACCUGCGGAGAUUCUCAGGAGAAGAUGCUAAGUGUUAGUGGUAAAAAGAAAUGUUCACACUGUGGAGAAGAACUGGGUCGUGGUGCGGCAAUGAUCAUUGAAAGCCUGAGGCUCUUUUACCACAUUGACUGUUUCAAAUGCUGUGUUUGUCAUGUUCAGUUGGGUGAUGGACUUAUGGGAACUGAUGUUCGAGUUAGGAACAACAAAUUGCACUGUCAUAAUUGUUACUCUAGUGAUGAUGGAGUGAAGUUCAGUUGUGUAUAAACACUAAAGUUGACAAGUGUACACAUAGCAAGACUUCAUAAUGCCUUUGUAUUAUCAACCAAGUGACAACAAAAAUGGUGGAUAGUGCCAUCUUUACUUGAGGGAAAUAAUUACUGUAAACAAGUGAAACUAUGUAAUGUGAUGGUUUAUAACAUAAACAAUGUACAGUACAUAAUUAGUAGCAUGUACAAUAUAGUUUAUAAACAUAAGUUGGUCAGAAUGUGGUUCAAUUUGCAGCAUUUUAUUCUGAAAGAUGUCAGUAUUUGAAGUGUUAGGUCUUGAAAUUCAAAGCUAUAAUUUUUACCAAAUAAGAAUACACCUCUCUGGAAUGUAGAGUUCAUAUUAUAGUUGUGAUUCAUGUUGUUGUCUCUGUAUUAUCGAUAAAUUCAACAACAGUAUGAAUUUACUAGACCAUAUAUAGUAUACAGCUGCAUUCAGAUUCAUAUAGUAAUGUGCUGUACAGAAUGCAAGUGAAAGAAGUAUGUUUACACUCUACUCCUUAUGGGACAAGAGGAAGAGGUUGCACUACGUAAUCAAAUGACCAAAAGUGGUGGCAUUUUGUGCCUAUAAAUCCUGCAUUAUGGAUCAUAUAUCUUUAUGUACAUGAAGAAUAUAUUACAUUGCUCAUCAAUUAGUCUUAGCUCUGUAGUACAUAUGACCAUAUAAAUUGUACAUGCUGCACAUAAUAAACUCACAUCACAAAAUAAAUGUUAAAAAUAUAAAAAAAUAAGAACUCUCAUUUAAUUUUGAAAUAUGAAAGAUAUAAGAAAUCUUGUUUAAUAUGAAUACCAACAUAGAUCUGGGGAGGAAAUAUCUGUAAUAACAAAUAUACUGCCUGACAGUAAUACAUUAUGUAUAGGUGAUUCUCAUUAUGCAUGUUCCAAUUUCCAUAUUUUUACAUACCUGUGAUUUUAUUUCAAUACAUGCAGAGCAUUAAUGUCCUAUCUGUGGCCAUGGUAGAAGCUACAUGCAGUUUCACUGUCUCCCCCCAGCAUUUUGACUCCAGGGACUACAAAUUAAGGGAUCUUAUGGUGUACCACUCUACAAAUCCAGUCAUUUACACAUUUCCAAUUUAAUGUCUCUUUGAUGUACACAGUGAUUCGCAGGAACACAACCACUAUGUAUAAUGAGAGUCACUUCUAGUAUAAAGGAACUGAAAAGAAUGGAGACUAAAAUAAUUUGGAGAUAAAAAAGGAUAAUCAUACAACUUUGAUAAUCUUCAUACUUGUUGGCUACCACUGUGUUACCACUUAAAGGACCUCCAUGGAACAUAUUUCUGCGCAUGAAAAUUAAGUUAAAUUUUCAUACGCAUAGAUUAAGUUGAAUGCAUAUGUACCAGCAUGAAAAGAUAUAUCUAUUGUACAAAUCAGUAAUGUAAUUAAUUCAACAUAUUUAGUAGUGUGAAUUAACAGGAAAUUAAGAUACAUAUCACACGUUAUAUAAAAUAGUACAAUUAUGAAACAUGGCAAUGUCUGAUUAAUUCUGAGCCUCUAUUUUAGUUGUCUUCAAAAUAACAAUUUGAAUAUGUCAACAGUGUUAUAUUUAUGACUUAAAUAUAUUCUAAUUAAGAUUUAAUCCUUCUGGCAAAUUACACUGUUUCUUACAAUUACUUCCAAAAAUGAACUUCAUCACGUAAUAUAUCUACUCUUCAUGCAUUUGACUAGAAGAUCCUUACACUAUAUUUGCUGGAGCUUGAAUUUUUUUUUCUAAUUUGCAUCGCUACACUCUUUGGCAAUUUGUACAUUUGUAUUAUAAGUAUAUUGUAUUAUGUUGUAUUUACAUGGCUUAUAUUCUGGAAAGAUGUAAUCCAAAACAUGUACUACAUUAAAUAAAUUUAAGUCCAGGAAAGGGA